CGUUUCGAUGACGUGAGGUGUCUCCCCGCGUGGAUGCUUCACGGUAUAAACAUGUUUUAUUUUAAUGAAAAUCCUAUUAACCUCGCAGUUGAAAACUGGAAGAGGUACAUUUGUUAUCAACAAGAUGUCACUUUUCGGUAGCUUACACAUCGCUGAGUCGACAAAUGUAUAUGAAAAUUGGUAUUCAUCAAGCGAGAAAUGCAAUAACUGGCACCUCGUAGACGCUCCUCCCAGCAAGUCGCAACAGAAUCCCAGUACUAUCCCGAAGCAAGGUCUCGUAAAUGGACCGAAAUUAGUGGGCAUCGCAGUCCCACCUUGCGACUACUGGUGGUCGGUCCGUUGUGUGAACUGUGAAAUCGGCUGUCAGAGACCCGAGACACACUGUACGAGCCAAAAGAAAAAUUAAUAAGAUCAACUUACAGGCUGCUAGUACUGCUUGGAACAAUAUAAAGGGAAAUCUUCGCUUGAAGAUUGAUAGAAGUACCUACCUACAGCGCAUUUUAGUAACUCACGUUGACUGCCAGUAAAGACGUCCUUCAGAACUCAUCAUUAUGGAUAGACGAAGUCUGUUACAGGUGCUGUUGGUAGCUCUAGCCCUUGACGCCAGUUAUGCACAGGUAAACAUCAGACCCUUCCUUCCGGGAGGAAUGCAAUGGCGACGAAGGCCUCAGUGUUACCGCAAGUUCCAUCCUUAUGGCUUCUUCCAGGAUAAUUCCAGGGGCGAUAUCGCCUUCCCAGGCGAUCCAGGCUUUCCCGCUGCAGCGGUCAACCGCUUCGUAGAAACCGUCCCAGCGGUCAGAGCCGCCCAGAGACCCGGGUGCACAAUGAAUUCGCCUGACCCCUCAGCCCCUUGCGUCGACGACCAGGAUUACAACGACGGCAUCAGAGAGCUGGUGAGUCGGUUAUUGGCCCGAUCCCGAAGUGUGAAUGACAUCGUCAACGAUCCUGGAAUCAGCGUCAUUCUGAAUGAUGUUUUAUCGUCUGGCCCUGUUCCCAGAACCACCCUAACAACUCCUCCUCUCCCGACUGGAAUUGAGCCCAGCACUAGAUUUGGCGGUCCAAGGGAGACUCCAGCCUGUGUCUCACGGGAGGAGCUGAUCUUCCCCCAGAGGGCUAAGACACCCAAAAAUGACUGGGUCUUCGUGGUGAACCAGGAAGGUGUCAAACAAGCCCUUCGAGUCGAGAGAUGUCACAAGGAAGGUGAAUCUUGCAACAUCGGAAUCCCCACCACUGGAGAUGUGACCACUGUGUGCAGACAGAAGUACGUCUACAGGAGGAUGCUGGUUGUUGGAAGUAACCAGAUCGAACCUGAAGAAGUGCUGAUGCCCUCCUGCUGCAUCUGCUAUGUUCGCCGCAACAAUUUGGACAUACCCUCAUUGAGGAUUUUAAUGCGAAACACGUUCGACAUCAGCUCUCGCACAGGCACAGGCAACGCCACCAGCGCCGCCGGCGUCCCCCAGCCUCAGCCGAGCGACGUCCAGCCUGGCGGAAAUCCCAUCGGCUUCGGGAACCCCCUCCCACCCGAGCACGUCAACCAUAACAUGAGAAGGAGCAGCGGCGGAUACAACUUCUACCACCCAUUCUACCAGAAUAACGGAGGGCGCUAGUUCGGGAGGCGAUGGAAGUUGAGAAGGAGACGAACGAAGGAACUGUCUUUGGGUUCUGAAAUCGUCUGAGAGCCUUCCGUGGAUCGGAGCAACAAGAGGAAGAUUGCGUCAACCAUUUUCUGAAGCUUUAGGAAAUCAUCUUUAUCAUUUACUUUAUUGACACUAUUAUGAGUGAGAGCUGGUGUGGGGUAUCAAAGUAUAUAUCUUUUAAUCUAGUGAUCAGAUAAGUACAUACUUUGCUGUGCGUGUUGUCUUUCAUACUCUUAUGUGUUAGGAUAAUCUUGUUGGAUGUUGUGAAUUUGGAUAUACUGAUGCAUUUAGGUUUAUUAAUGUUUUGUAUUAACUGUGGCAUGAUGCCAGUGACAGUAGAUAAGCUUUGCUCUUCAGCUGCACAUUUCUUGAGAUGGAGGUUGGUAAACAAGGGCAUUAUUUCGUGGAGUUUUGGUUUUGCAAUAAUGUCUUUCUUGUGGAAAUUAAUUAGUCGUUAGAAUUACCAUGCAUAGUGAGUAUCGGCCGUCAAGAGCUAUAAUUUGCAAACAUUUUUUAAAAUUUUUUAUGACAAGUUAGAGUUUCAAAUAUGCCAUCUUUUUAAAACAUGAGGUAUUUCAAGUAGGAUGAUGCUGUACGAAGGAUGUUGGAGUAUUUCUUUUUAACUUAUUUAUUUUUUCUUUGACAGAGAAUUUAUAAACUUGAUCAAUGUUUGAACUUGAUUCGUUGUCAGUGUGGCUCUUGAGGCUAAUGUAGUUAGACAAUCAACAUUUUUACGCAAUUCCCAGCGUUCUAUCAGGAUUAACCCAAUCUUGUACAAAAUUGACAAAAGAAAAAAAAUGAGAGCAUAAUUAUUGACGCCAAAGAUAUUGCGUCAAGAUAGUUGAUCGUUUAGGACCACCCACUUAGUUGAUGCUAAUGCAUUUCUUAAAGACUGAAGCUUCAUGGUGGUACGUUCUGCUGCUGUUGGUCGUUAUUCUAAAUAUUCUUUACCCUUUUGGAGUUUCGUGUGACACCCUCAGAUUUCCCAGAGCACUUGUAGUCUAAUAUAUAACUUUGUUGUCAGUAGUGAUUUUGUAGAAUUAAGAUAGUUGUUCCAGAGCAUCAGUGAUAUAGAUUAUACUAUCCCCUUGAAAGUGCUGUUAAAGAUGUUGCUUUGGUUACCAAAGAAUGAUUUUGGGCGAAAUAAAGAAAAAUUCAACAAAAUAACUUUUCAUAACAUUCCAUAAUUUCAGUGACUUAAUAUGACGAAUUUCUUUAAUUUUUUGGAGCUAUUCUUUGAUAUUAUUUGGAGAAUGCUUUUCACAGUUAUCUGAAUAAGCUAUAACAGAAUUAAGUAAUUAUAUUCUUUUUUAGCGCCGAUAUGUGAACACCGUAACAGUGAUUCCAGUGGAAUUACAUAUUUUUAACAACUUAUAUGAAUUAAAGCAAGUAUAUUAAAAGGACAUUUGAAU